AUGAUGCCCGAAGAAGUUGAGGAAGAAUUACUUUUAGUAACCAUACUGGAGGCUGGUCCAUAUUUGGACUGGCUCAAUCGAUCAACAAUGGUUAGAGCCGUGUUCUUCCUCUUGACCUUCUCUGUGAUUCUGGUCUCUAUAGACAGCGCAACCGUGGACAUCGGGAUGAAUUGGGGCAACAUCGCCUCCCACCCGUUAUCGCCGUCCAUCGUGGUGCAGAUGUUGAAGGAUAACGGUCUCAAAAGGGUGAAGCUCUUCGAUGCCGACGGCUACACAGUGAAAGCCCUAGCGAAUACUGGGAUUGAAGUCAUGCUUGCAAUUCCUAAUUUAGACCUUCAAGCAAUGGCCGAUGAUUAUCAAAAUGCAAAGGAUUGGGUGAAAGACAACGUCACUCAACAUCUCAAAACAAAUUCUGUCAAUAUCAAAUAUAUAGCUGUUGGAAAUGAACCCUUCUUGAAAUCAUACAACGGUACCUUCGUGAAACCCACACUGCCCGCCCUAAAAAAUGUUCAGAAAGCUUUAAACGAGGCUGGCUAUGGCAAAACCAUCAAAGCAUCAGUGCCUCUAAACGGCGACGUUUACGAAUCGACCUCGAACUUGCCCUCCGAUGGCGCUUUUCGUAAGGAUGUAAAGGAUAUCAUGCAGCAACUUGUGAAUUUUCUCAGUGAUAACGACGCCCCUUUCAUUGUCAACAUCUACCCUUUCCUUAGUCUCUACGAAAACCCCGAUUUCCCCACCGAGUUCGCUUUCUUCGGCAACGGUAAAACCGUCAACGACAAACAAAAUUCCUACACAAACGUCCUCGACGCAAACUACGACACCUUGCUUUGGGCUCUCAAGAAAGUCGGGGUUCCGAACUUGAAGAUCAUCAUCGGGGAAAUCGGCUGGCCGACGGACGGAAACUCAUUUGCAACCAACAAAAACGCGCAGAAAUUUUACGACGGUUUGUUCAAGAAGCUGGGGAGCGGCAAAGGCACCCCAAUACGACCAGACACCAAAUUCGACAUUUAUCUUUUCGGCCUGCUCGAUGAGGACGCGAAGAGCAUCGCGCCAGGGGACUUCGAAAGGCACUGGGGGAUUUUCCGUUUCGACGGGCAGCCAAAGUUUCCGAUAGACUUCACGGGGAAGGGGCAAAACAAGAUGCCAGUGGGGGCAAAGAAUGUGAAGUAUUUGGACCAACAGUGGUGCGUUUUCGAUAGAGGGGUGAGGGACAUGUCGCUGGUGCCUAAGCAAAUGGAGGAGGCGUGUAAGGAAGGCGACUGCACGAGCAUCGGCAAGGGCGGAUCGUGCAGCGGCAACGAUAAUCUAACGAAGGUGUCGCAGGCGUUCAACAUGUACUAUCAAAUCAAAAAUCAAAAAGAGGAGGCUUGUGAUUUCAAUGGAUUAGCGGUUGUCGUGAAGAAGAAUCCGAGCAACGGGACAUGUUUUUUCCCCAUUCAGAUCGAGAGCGGCGGCUUCAAGGUGGUCUUCGGAUCGUUUGCCACCGUUUUCGCCGGAGUUUUGUAUGCAUUCUUAACAUUAUUCUAA